AUGUCGAUAUACCAGUUCCUCAUCGCCGUGCGCCAACGUGACGGCGAAAUGUUAACUAACGACGCCGGCGAGACGACAAGUCACCUUAUGGGAUUCUUCUACCGGACAAUACGGAUUGUAGAGAACGGAAUCAAGCCUGCGUAUGUGUUCGACGGGAAACCGCCAGAAUUGAAGAAGGGUGUGCUGUCGAAACGUUUUGAGAAGAGAGAGGAAGCUAAAGAGGAGGGUGAAGAAGCGAAGGAGAUUGGAACUGCUGAGGAUGUGGACCGUUUUUCACGGCGGACGGUCAAGGUCACCAAGCAGCACAAUGAAGAAUGUCAGAAACUCCUCAGACUUAUGGGUGUACCUUGCGUGAUAGCGCCCUCAGAAGCUGAGGCACAGUGUGCUGAAUUGGCUCGAGGAGGCAAGGUCUACGCUGCUGGUUCAGAGGAUAUGGACACCCUUACAUUUAACGCACCAAUCCUCUUCCGACAUUUGACCUUCUCUGAGGCCAAGAAGCAACCCAUUAGUGAAAUCAACCUGGAAGCAGCCUUGAAGGGUUUGGACAUGGAUAUGAGCCAAUUCGUCGACCUGUGUAUUUUGCUCGGCUGUGACUACCUCGAACCAAUCAAGGGUGUUGGUCCCAAAUCCGCUCUGAAACUAAUUCGGGAAUUCGGUGGGCUGAAAGAGGUCGUCGAACACCUUCGUGAAAAGGCUGCUGCGAGGAAGGCUGAGGCCGAGGAGGAGGAUGAAGAGGAAGCAGAGGAGCCAGCACCAACGUCGGACGUCGAGAUGCCUGAUGACGAGGAUGGCGAAAAGGACAGUGAUGACGAAGAGGAGGCCGAGAGAAGAAAGAAGGCGGAGGCUGCAAAGAAGAAAAAGGCACAAGAGAAGGCCAAGUCAGCGAAGAAGGGUAAAGGCAAGGGCAAGGGUGGCAUCCAAAUUCCAGACGAGUGGCCAUGGGAAGAGGCCAAACAGAUCUUCUUGAAGCCAGACGUCAUCCCUGCUGACCAAGUCGAGCUGGAAUGGAAGAAUCCCGACGUGGAGGGUUUGGUGCAGUUCCUUGUCACGGAAAAGGGCUUCAGCGAGGAGCGGGUGCGCAAGGGUGCCGAGAAACUAACAAAGUUCUUGAACGCGAAACAGCAAGGACGACUAGACGGUUUCUUCACUGUUAAGCCUAAACAAGCACCACCGCCUGCAGCGAAGGGCAAAGGAGCAGCAUCAAAGGGUACAAAGAGGAAGGGGGAAGACAAAGCUGAGGGAUCCGGCAAGAAGGCCAAAAAGAAGUGA